AUGACAAAAGUGAUUGGAACUCAUGAUGGCCAGUUUCAUUGCGAUGAGGCAUUGGCAGUGUUCAUGUUGAAACGAACAGCUGCUUUCAAGGAAUCGAAUGUAGUCAGAACUCGUGAUCCAGAACAGUUGGCCAAAUGUGAUGUAAUCGUCGACGUGGGCGGAGUCUAUGAUCCAGCCACGAUGAGGUUCGACCAUCAUCAGAGAGGGUUUUCCGAGACUUUUAACGCCAACCGCUCGAUAAAACUCAGUAGUGCUGGGCUAAUAUACAAACAUUUUGGCAAGGAAAUUAUUGCCAGUCAAUUAGGACUAGAAGUAACCGAUUCCAAAGUUGCAAUACUGUAUGAUAAAAUAUACGAAGAUUUCAUAGAAGCUCUAGAUGCGGUCGACAAUGGAAUCAAUCAAUAUCCACGCGAAAUCCCUGCUAUGUACAAGGAGACUACGACAUUGCCAUCUCGAGUAGCAACAUUGAAUCCAUGGUGGAAUCAAAAAGACGUUGACGUGAACAAACAAUUCACGAAAGCCAGCGAGUUGGCUGGAUCAGUGUUGGUUGACAAGAUAGAAUACUUGGGAAAAGCUUGGUUUCCGGCUAGAGAAAUUGUACUAAAGGCAUUCGAAGAAAGAUUCGAGUUUGACAAACUUGGGAGAAUAAUGGUCUUAGAACAAUACUGUCCAUGGAAGGAUCAUUUAUUCAAUAUUGAAGAAGAGACCAAGGUCACAUCCGAUACUCAACCAUUAUAUAUUAUAUACCCUAACCCAAACUCUUGGAGGGUACAGGCAGUUCCUGUCUCAUUAGAUUUGUUCGACUCUAGGAAACCACUUCCCGAAGCAUGGCGUGGUCUUCGUGAUUCGGAACUAUCGGAAAGAGCAGGAGUAAAGGGCUGCGUAUUUGUUCAUAUGAGCGGUUUUACUGGGGGAAACCUAACUCGAGAAGGAGUAUUGGAAAUGACAAAAAAGGCACUGGAGAUUGAAUAA